CUCGGCUUGUGUCUUGUACUGUUCUGUGCGAUAGCCGCACUUAAUCCUAUUCUGUUUGUUCUCACAACUGUUCUGUCGCUUAUUGUUUGGGGCUCUUUUUUUAUAACUACGUUAGACCACUACUAGCAGAUCUUCUGCAUGGAUAGCACGGGACGCUGCAGUUAAAAAGGGAAGAGUCCCGAGGCGCGCUACUUUCUCGAAACCUGAACUUCAAACAAGACUAAACGACACUGUCCAAUUCAAGUUCCUCCGGAAAACACAGUCCGUCGACUGAAGCCAUGCCCUGUGUUCAGGCUCAGUAUGGGUCAUCACCUCAAGGAGCCAGUCCAGCUUCGCAGAGCUACAGCUACCACACCACUGGAGAAUACAGCUCCGAUUUCCUAACUCCUGAGUUUGUUAAGUUUAGCAUGGACCUGACCAACACUGAGAUCACAGCCACCACUUCUCUUCCCAGUUUCAGCACAUUCAUGGACAACUACAACACCAGUUACGACGUAAAGCCUCCCUGCUUAUACCAAAUGCCUCUUUCUGGACAGCAGUCCGCCAUCAAGGUGGAAGACAUUCAGAUGCACAGCUACCAUCAACAGAGCCACCUGCCACCACAGGCUGAAGAGAUGAUGCCCCAUUCUGGCUCAAUGUACUACAAGCCCUCCUCGCCCCCUACUCCCACUACCCCCAACUUCCAGGUUCAGCCCAGCCCUAUGUGGGAUGAGCCUGGUUCGCUCCACAGUUUCCAUCAAAACUACGUGGCCACCACUCAUAUGAUAGAUCAACGCAAGAAUCCCGUGUCAAGGCUUUCCUUGUUCUCGUUUAAGCAGUCACCUCCUGGUACCCCGGUGUCAAGCUGCCAGAUGAGGUUUGACGGUCCUCUUCACGUACCUAUGAACCCGGAGACACCGGGUGCCCAUCAUGUGGUAGACAGCCAGAGCUUUGCCGUCCCCAGUGCUAUUAGGAAGCAGGCAAACAUAGGCUUCCCACACUCUCUUCAGCUCGGACAUGGGCCCCAGCUGAUGGACAGCCAGGUCCCGUCGCCUCCGUCAAGGGGAUCGCCUUCCAACGAGGGUCUGUGUGCAGUGUGCGGGGACAACGCCGCUUGCCAGCACUAUGGAGUGCGUACUUGUGAAGGGUGCAAAGGCUUCUUUAAGCGCACGGUUCAGAAAAAUGCUAAAUACGUGUGUUUAGCAAAUAAGAAUUGUCCAGUGGAUAAACGCCGUAGGAACAGAUGUCAGUACUGCCGUUUCCAAAAGUGCCUUGUGGUCGGAAUGGUCAAAGAAGUCGUUCGUACAGCCAGUUUAAAGGGGCGGAGAGGUCGGUUACCUUCCAAACCCAAAAGCCCCCAAGAGCCUUCACCGCCUUCGCCACCAGUCAGUCUCAUAAGUGCCCUGGUGAGGGCCCAUGUGGAUUCCAACCCUUCGAUGUCCGGGCUGGAUUACUCUAGAUUUCAAGCUAACCCUGACUACCAAAUGACUGGAGACGACACUCAGCACAUCCAGCAGUUCUACGAUCUUCUGACUGGCUCCAUGGAGAUAAUCAGAGGUUGGGCGGAAAAGAUCCCGGGGUUUGCUGAUCUUCCAAAACAGGAUCAAGAUCUUCUCUUUGAAUCGGCCUUUCUGGAACUUUUCGUCCUGCGACUGGCAUACAGGUCCAACCCAGUGGAAGGCAAGCUCAUUUUUUGCAACGGGGUAGUCUUGCACCGGCUGCAGUGCGUCCGUGGGUUUGGAGAAUGGAUCGACUCCAUUGUGGAAUUUUCGUCAAACCUUCAGAGCAUGAAUAUUGACAUAUCAGCUUUUUCCUGCAUAGCUGCGCUCGCCAUGGUAACAGAGAGACACGGGCUAAAGGAACCCAAGAGGGUAGAAGAACUCCAAAACAAGAUUGUAAAUUGUCUUAAAGACCACGUGACAUUUAAUAGCGGUGGCUUGAAUCGUCCAAACUACUUGUCGAAACUUUUGGGGAAACUUCCUGAACUGCGCACGUUAUGUACACAAGGUCUGCAGCGUAUCUUCUAUUUAAAACUUGAAGACUUGGUUCCUCCGCCAGCAAUAAUUGAUAAGCUGUUCCUAGACACACUACCUUUUUAAAUAUACUUGACAGUGACGUUUGAUGUGACCUCAAAGAACUUCCACAGACUUUCCUCAAGUCUGCCUUUAACAGGACGGUAAAGCCCCGGCGCUUUUCCGAAAUGUAUUUUCAAGCGCUGACCCUUUCUGACAGACACUUUAGGUUCUGGUUAAGGAUCCAUAAACGCAGCAAGCAAACAAAAGUAUAAAAAACAAACUGAAGUGAGUGAUGUGUACUCUUCUCCAUUAACCAUUUAAUUAUUUUGACAAACCGAACGACCUCGUUUCGGGGUGAAACGUUCCGCCAAGGUGUCGCUCAGCUACUGGAACAGUCGACAAAAGUUACACAUUUUCCUGAAAUGGCAUUCCUUAUUGUUAAUUAAAAUAUCUGCUGUAUGGGAAACACGUGCUAUAAUGUAAUAUAUACAAUUUAUAUAUAAUAAAUUAAUGUGAUGCGUCCAAUGCGUCAGUUUAUAACAAGGUGCAUAAAGCUUGUACAUGAGCUUGUAUAUGACAAGAUUCAGUUUUGCUUUUAUAUUUUGUGCCUAUGUGUUUCUGUCAGGAUUACUGAACGAUGAGAAAAAUCUGAAAGUAUUUCAAAAGGGGAACGCAUGUUGUAGGUUUUAGGAAUUCUAUAGGCACUUGCUAUGAAGGUGAUGUCUAUAUUAUAAAUUAUAUUCCGGACACUAUGUAGUCUGAUAGAUUUUAUAAAGAUUGGUAGUAUGGGACAACUUUUAUUUAAAAAUAAAAAAACAAAUAUGUGAACAACAAAAUAUCUCAUCUGUAUAGGCUAUUGAAAGGGACUCAUGGUGUUUGUAAAAUAUGUCCAACAUUCCUUGUUUGUAUGUGUUGUAUGUACUGUUGAUGUGAAAUAUAAAAGUUUCUAUCUUUAUUAUUUUGUUGUCAAGAUCUACAUUUUGCAUGCUGCAACUUUUAACCAUUUUUCGGAGUAUCACAGUUCAUUGAAAAUGAUUGAGCACUGUCUUUGUUUUAAUGUCUAAAAGAAGAAUGGACAGUUAAUAUAUAAUUUCAUGUCUGAGUGACAGUUUUUUUUAUAUUUACAUAAAGGUCUUUAAUUUGUAUAUUUCAUAUUUAUGUGUGCGGUACAUUGCGCAAAUCACUGCCUUUUUCUAUGGUGUAAUUAAGUAUUACAAUGCAUUCCGUACAUUUCCGAUAAAUCUUUCUUUAAGAAGGAAAUAUUUAAUGUUUACAAAUAAAACUGUCAAAUUA